GAAAACAUCUACGACGAUGACAAAGUAGACAACUCAAAGGAAAGCCAAGAUGAAGAAGUAGAGCCACCCGUAAACGAGGAACAACCACAAGAGGAGGAAACGCCAAUGCCAAGGGCAUGGAGGACUUCAAAGAACCAUCCUCUUGACAAGGUGAUCGGUGACAUCAACCGAAAG